AUAGCUUAAUAGGUACGUACCUUGCAUAUUAUGAGAACUUAGCUCUAAUGAUAAAGUGAAUGUCGAAAGCUUCAAUCUUUCAUAUUUUUUUUUUACUUACUCCUUGAUCCCAAUAUAACACAUUAUCUGAGCGCAGAAUGGAUAAGCAGCUCGACGUAUGCUUCGACCGUGUCGAGAAGGCAUUAGGUACGCUAGUCGACUCAAUUGCCAAGUAUCAUCCCUCCGUCGCUCAAGUUAACGAAUUGGGGCUCGCCGACGUUGAGCUCAACAAGGGCCUUGAGGACUUACAAACCCACCAAUCUAACUACCGACGGAUUCAGGAUCUACGAGCAGCGACAACCAGCUUCGAUACUCAGAUCAAGGACACACUACGCUUACUAGCCAACACGAGGAAGGAACUUGUCAAUGCUCCUGCCACCGUAUUCCCGUCCGACCGCCCUAGCUACGAUAUCGACUACGACGAACUACUCGCCUACGCUAGCCGGAUUAGCAAAACUACUAUCCCUCCCGCUGGUGCAGCGAACAGCCUUUCAACCGAACCCAAAGCCGAGAAUAGUGGAGGACCUGGGACAGAGACGGCCGCUACGACACCGGCGGGAGGUACACCCAACGGUGCCCCAGCUGGUGCUGUGACACCGGCGAACAUGAAUGGAGCGCAACAACAAGACCCCGCGUCGCAGUCCCAGCAGCUCACUACCACAGCCAGCAGCGAUGCGAUGGCCGCACAAGAGGAGCUACCAUGGAAGCUAAACCCAUUCAGCGACGUCGAAUUCGUGCCCUGGCCAAGCGAGGAGUCCGUGCGUAAAGGAGCGCUAGUUACUCUAGCCUUCCUCUCCGAGAAAGGUAUCGACCCGGAGAACUUCGACCCCGAGGAAGAAAAAGCGCGCAAGGAGCGCGAAAAGGAAGAACAGCAGGCGGCAGAAGAAAGAGAGAGGCAGGAGCGCGAGGAGAGAGAGCGCAGGGCCAGAGAGGAGCAGGCACGGCUGCGGGCCGAGCGCGAGAAAGAGCAGAGGGAAGCGUGGCGGCGCGCGAGCGUUACUGGGGGUGCGGGACCGAGUCAAUCGUCGCCGGUGGGAGAGAAGAAGCAGUUCCAGUUCAUGGCUGAUGAUGAUGAGGAUGAUGAUGAGUGAAGUAUUCGCUAGUAAGUCGGCAAGAAUGCGUCUUAUUAUGGGACAUGCGAAUCAUAGGGGUUUUAUGAUGUCUAGCAUGGUAGGCAUAUGGCUCAUAUGCCUUGAUUGAAUAGUUGGACCUAUUCUUAAUUACCAUAAUCAUCGUCACAGCCAUAUUCUAUUAAGGAAUUCCGUGGCUAGUCGCCCAGGGCAAUGUAAUAGUCACAAUGACUACCUACAGAAUAAUAUGUAAUCUAGGAGGUCAGUCUCCUCAGGUCUACCAUUAAAAAAUAGCCAUCCGCCUAGUUGUUGUUUUAA